UCAGGAAGCUACCCGCCCCGCCGCUCCUUUGGGAAGCGCCUCCCUCCCACUCUCGUUCAAAUGGGCAGCAGCUGGAGUUCCGCCCGAAGCCUCGAGGUUGGCUUGGUUUGGGGGGGGGGAGCGUCGAUCAGCGCGUCAUUCGCACCUCCUUCCGCGGGCACCCGGUCAAAAGUGUGCACGGGGCGGGAAGCGGAGGUUAGGAGGGGAAGAAGGGGCUUUCCUGGAAUCGCCAGGCUGUCCGCUCGUAGUCCAGGAUCGGUGCAAGCGCAACAGCCGUCGGAAGGCGUUAAGGCGCUUCGGCUAUCGCAACAGCUGUCUCUGCGCCUCGCCGGAGGAGGAGAGAAUCUGCCCCACGGCCACUAUUUGGGGUGAGCGGCCGAUGCAAGAUCUGCCUGUGCUGCAGCGCAGUCCGUGACAUAGAAAGGGGAGAGAAAAGGACGGCUAGGUGUAGAGAGCACCUGGGGGUGGAGGGAUAAAACUUGACCUCGCCUUCCGUCUUGCAAAGAUUGCUCUGCACUUCCAUUGCUUCCGUCUGGGGAUCCGCAAGGGAAGCGAACCUUGUGCGCAGUUCCUCCCAGUCCUGGACUAGCUGCCCGUGAUGGUAUGUUAAUAGCCACAAGCAGUUUCCUAGUUUUGCAGUUACCAAAAGGGGGCAGCUGUUGCCUGCAGUGCAAAAAAUCAAAAGUGCUGUCAUCAUGAGCCUCUUAAUGUGGCUUACCUCUGCUUGCAUUUUCCUGUUUUCCCAAGCACUUGUGUCAUGGAGCAUCCAAGAACUGCACGUCAGCCAGGAAACCAUUGAGAAAAUUUCAGCAGCUGGCCAGCUAAUGAAUUGCUCUGCCCCAGUUGAUGUCUUGUUUCUGUUCGAUGGAUCCUACAGCAUUGGCAAAGGGAGCUUUGAAAGGUCAAAAUACUUAGCAAUCAAGCUUUGUGAUGCUCUGGACAUCAAUCCAGGAAAGGUCAGAGUGGGAGCAAUACAGUUCAGCAACACUCCUCAUUUGGAGUUCCCUUUGGAUGCAUAUUUCACCAAGCAGGAGAUAAAAGACAAACUCAGGAAGAUUGUGUUCAAAGGUGGGAGAACAGAAACAGGACUUGCUCUGAAAUACAUUCUUCGGAAAGGAUUCUCUGGGGGCAGAAACUCAUCCAUACCUCAGAUCCUUAUAAUCCUAACUGAUGGGAGAUCUCAGGGCAAUGUGGCAGUGCCAGCCAAGCAGUUGAAAGAAAGGGGGAUUGCUGUGUUUGCUGUGGGAGUCAGCUUCCCAAGAUGGGAAGAACUGCAGGCACUAGCCAGUGAGCCGGCCGAAUGGCACAUCCUCUUUGCCGAAGAUGCUGAUGACGCCUCCAAUGGUUUAUAUACCACCCUUACAGAGUCUGCCAUCUGCAGCGCUGCAUUUCCAGGCUGUGGAGCUGAAUCUCACUCUUGCGAACGCAAAACACUCGAGAGAGUCAAAGAGUUUGUUGGAAACUACUUUUGCUGGAAGGGGUCGAAGAGCAAUAAUGCCGUGCACACGUCGCUCUGCCCAUUUUACAACUGGAGGAACACCUUCAUCAAGUAUCCUUCUAGAUGCUACCGUACCACAUGCCCAGAUCCUUGUGGUUCUCAUCCUUGCCAGAAUGGAGGCACAUGCAUUCAGCAGGGAUUAGAAGGAUACCACUGUGUCUGCCCAGUUGGCUUUGGAGGAGAUGCUAAUUGCGCACCCAAGCUGAGUCUAGAAUGCAGCGUAGACCUUCUUUUCCUGGUGGACAGUUCAUCCAGUACCACCCUCGAAGGCUUCUUGCGCUAUAAAGCUUUCCUGAAGAGGUUUCUCCAAGCCGUGUGGAGUAGAGAGAGCCCAGGGAAUGUGGGUGUGGCCCAGUACAGCAACGAUGUCAAAAUGGCCGUCGGCAUUGGAGGCCACCAAGAUGUGCUCAGUCUGGUGAAGGCUGUUGAUUCCAUGCAGUUCAGUGGAGGAAGCACCUUGACUGGCAAAGCUUUGCGGUACGUUACACAGCAUGGCUUUAAGAGCGGCCCAGUCUUUGCUGAUACACCCGAUGACCUCCCACGUGUGGUCGUCUUGCUCACGGAUUCAAAUGCUCAUGAUUCGGUGGCAGAGGCAGCUAAGUACAGCAGAGGCCAAGAUGUCUUCCUCAUUGGAAUUGGCAGUGAAUCUUUGAAAGCAGAGCUGGAUAAUAUUACAGGGAAUCCAAAGUGGACACUGAUCUACUCAUCCCCACAAGAUCUCUUCAACAAGAUUCCUGAACUACAAAGGAAAAUAUGCAGCAUAGACAGCCAAGGCUGCCCAUCUCAGUCUGUGGACUUGGUAUUUGCUUUGGACUCUUCAGCUUCUGUUGGAAGGAAUAACUUUGUGCAGCUGAAAACCUUUGUCAGCAGCCUCUCUCUCCAGUUUGACAUCAAUCGGGAUGUGACUCAGGUAGGCCUUGUUGUCUUUGGGAAAAGGCCUCACACCACAUUUGGGCUGGACACACACGUGACCAGCUCAGAUCUCCACGAAGCCAUCAGUCAAGCUCCCUUUGUAGGCGGCUCUGCCUCGGUUGGCAGCUCCUUGCUCCAUAUUUAUGACGAUCUCAUGACUGUCCAAAAAGGAGCCAGGCCUGGUGUGAAGAAGAUUGUGGUGGUGGUCACAAGUGGAGCUGGAGUGGAGGAUGCCCUUGUCCCAGCUCAACAGCUACGUAAUAAUGACGUAUCGCUACUGGUUAUUGGGAUGGAACAAGUUCAAGUGAGCUCAUUGCUGAGGAUUGCAGGUUCUCACAAUAAUCUCUUGAGGAUUCCUUCCUAUGAAGAGCUAAAAAAUAAUGAAGAACUUAUCCUUGAAAGAAUAUGUGAUGAGGCCAAGAAGCCAGCAAACCUCUGCAAACCCAACCCCUGCAUGAAUGAUGGAGUUUGUGUUUCUGGAAAUGGCAGCUACUGGUGUCGGUGCCAAGGCUGGGUAGGACCUCACUGUGAAAACAGAAUUCAGAGGGGUGACACUUCACAGAUGCAUCCAGCCAUGGUCCGUGCUCCACAAAACCGACGCGGCUGGCGGCAGCUGUAUCGAUCUCGCAAGCAUUCCAAAAGGCAAAUUCCAGAGACUCACUGACUAUCUUCAGCUACUGAAAACAUUGUACAAAAGAACUGAAACACAGUCAACGUUUGCAAGCAAUAAUGCUGUUCCCCAAAGCACAGGAGUUUUGCACAGAAUCACUUCCUGAUACGCCAAAUGAGGUGACCAAUAUCUAGUUUGUGUUGAUAUUAGAUAUUUAUUGUUGCUGUACUGACACUUUCACCAUUUAAGGUCAGCCUCUCUUCUGUAUGGUGAGUUCCAUAGCUCUGAAGAUUUCGGUUUCUGUACUGGAUUGGACAUUCUUGGGAAAGUUGGUACCAUUCUAAAGUUCAGAUCAAACCAGCAAAAUGACUAAGGUUUGAUUUAUAUUGUUUACAGACGCCUGAAUUUCACUGACCAUCGAGAAGUUCCAGGCAUGCAGUGCUUACUUGGGUUUUGCUUCCUUGGGAAGGAGGUCACUGGAGACUUAUGCCUUCUUUUAAUUAUUUGAAUUUAUUUACAAAUAUGCAGGUUAAAAAAAGUGAUAGCUUUAAGUUUAAGCCUUAAACUAAUAUAUAGCCAAAGUCCACUGCUCUCCCAUUGGAUCUCCACAGCGAAGCCCCCUCCAAAGGCACUUCCCUUCUGUGUCUGACAUCCCAACUCAGAAUGAAGUCCACUCACAGCUAAAUUGCCAUCUGCCCCUGGAUUGAGGUGGAGGAAAUGAGGGUGGCUCAUUUUCUCCAAUUAAUUUUUCUAAUCAAUUUUCAAGCUUCCCAAUCCACUGGUUGCAAGAAUCCUUUUGAAAUAAAUUCUAUCAGUUUGACUAAGCAGUGUGCAGCUAUUUAGAAAAACGGGCACCACCUCAUCACUUUAUUAGGAAUGGCUUCCUUUGCAGAAUGCAACCUGUGCUUGCAAAAGCAAUCUGUUGGCUAGCUCUGGCUAUUGGUUGUACGUCACUUGUGGUACAACCAACACCCAGUACCUGUGCCAUGCUCAAUUGUUUUCUGUGUUGUCCUCUGUAUGUUGUUGUUUGUUUUUCUCUCUGCAUCUUCUGUCUGUAGGAAGAAAACUUGUUAAAUUGGGCCUGACAAGCAUUUUGCAGUUCUAAAGCACCAUAUCAGCCGCUCACCUGUUGCAAUAUUUAAUAAGCAUUUGACUUUCUGCACCAGCUUCAUUUAGUUAUGCCAUUCCAUCGUGCAGUAACAUAAUGUGAAAAAUAACUUGGGAAAAUGCUGAUCAGUUAUAAGAGGAGUUGGAUAUGAGGUUAAGAUGGGUAUAAAGCUGUUUUGAACUGUUGAAUCUACUGGAUUGAGGGUUUUGUUUGUUUGUUUGUUAUACCACCAAAUCCAUAUCAGUUUUCUAUUUAUCUCGCUGAAGCAGUGCUCUUAGUUUUGCCAGUUGCAGCCCUGCCACAUUUUAUCUGUGUUAAGGAUAUAAACAUGUAAGGUUUCUGAAGUAGGUUUCGUUCUCUAGUGCAGGGGUAGCUUUCAGUUCUUGGAAUGUAUUUUUGUUUAUCUGCAGAUAUUGGGACAGCUGAGCAGAGGGAAUAUAGACACAGCUGAGCUAUUCAAACAAGGUACGAAGACAAGUUUCACCACUCUGCUCCCAGUGCCCUUAUAUGCCACUCUAACCUUCCUGCGCUGUAGUGUUGUUUUGUGUUUUUAUUAUACCUUUUUUAAAAAGUUUAUGCCGUAUGAAUAGACCCACUGAAAGCAGCAGGCUAAAAUCCAUUUAUUUCAUUGGAUCUACUCUAAGGUUGGGCAUCCACCCAUUUUGAUUAUAUUGGCUCUCCUAUUGAGGCAGAUAGCAAAGUCAAAAUGGUUGAAAAUAAAGAGUAAAUUUCA